CUGGCCUCCCAAGCUGAGGAGGGGAACUGAGUGGCUGAGACCGCCUGCAGCUGCCAGCUCGGCCACACACAGCUGCUUCUGCUCCAGCUAGGAUGUGGCUCCUCCACGCUCUCCUCUGCAUGACCAGCCCGGUCUCCCUGGUGGCCUUCAAUGUGGAUGUGACCCAGCCUUGGGUCACACCUGACGGAGGCACUCCUUUCGUGCUCAGCUCCCUUCUGCACCAAGACCCCAGCACCAACCAGACCUGGCUCCUGGUCACCAACUCGAGGACCGACAGGACAUCGAGGCCCCUGCACCGAUGUUCGCUCAUCCAAGAUGAAAUCCUGUGCCAGCCAGUAGAGCAUGUCCCCAUCCCAAAGGGCAGGCACCGGGGAGUGACGGUUGUUCGGAACCACCACGGUGUUUUGAUAUGCAUUCAGGAGCUAGUCCGGCGGUCCCAUAACCUUAGCUCGGAAUUCACAGGCAACUGCACCCUGUUGGCCCCUGACCUCCGUCCCCAAGCCCAGGCCUACUUCUCUAACCUUGAAAAUCUCCUAGAUCCAGAAGCACAUGUGGACACUGGAGACUGCUACGGGGACAGAGAACGCAGCAUGAGGGAGAAUGAGAACACAGCCAGACAGCGUCGGGCUCUGGAGAAGGCAGAGGAAGAGGAGGAAGAGGAAGAAGAGGAAGGAGGCACUGAGAUCGCCAUCAUCUUAGAUGGUUCAGGAAGCAUCAAUGCCACAGACUUUCAGAAAGCCAAAGACUUUAUAUCCAACAUGAUGAAGAACUUCUAUGAGAAGUGUUUUGAGUGCAGCUUUGCCCUAGUGCAAUAUGGGGAGGUGAUCCAGACUGAGUUUGACCUUCGGGACAGCCAGGAUGUGAACGGCUCUCUCGCCCGAGUCCAGAACAUCACUCAAGUGGGGAGUGUCACCAAGACUGCCUCAGCCAUGCAGCACGUACUAGACAACAUCUUCACGCCAAGUCAUGGCUCCAGAGAAAAGGCAGCUAAGGUCAUGGUGGUGCUGACAGAUGGUGACAUAUUUUGGGACCCUCUCAACCUCACCACUGUCAUCAACUCCCCAAAGAUGCAGGGUGUGGAGCGCUUCGCCAUCGGGGUGGGCAGUGCAUUUAACAAGGAGAGGGCCUACACAGAACUGAAGCUGAUCGCCUCAGACCCCGAUGAGACCCAUGCCUUCAUGGUAGCCAACUACUCGGUGCUGGAUGGGCUGCUGAGCAAACUGCAGCGGAACAUUAUCCGCAUGGAAGGCACAGUUGGAGAGGCCAUUCGCUACCAGUUGGCACAGACUGGCUUCAGCGCCCAGCUCCUGGACAAGGGGCAGGUGCUGCUCGGGGCCGUAGGAACCUUUGACUGGUCUGGGGGUGCACUGCUUUACGACAUGCACAGCCGUCGCGGCCGCUUCCUGAACCAGACUGCGGUGGACGCCAAGGUUGCGCAGUACGGCUACAUGGGUUACUCGGUGGCUGUGCUGCACAAGGCCUGUGGCCCCUCCUACAUGGCGGGGGCUCCUCAGUACAAGAGGCGUGGGGCCGUGUUUGAGCUCAGGAAGGAGAGCGGAAAGGCCAGUUUCAUGCCUGUGCUGGAAGGAGAGCAGAUGGGGUCCUACUUUGGCUCUGAGCUGUGCCCUGUGGACAUCGACGUGGACGGGACCACGGACCUCCUGCUGGUGGCUGCUCCCUUUUACCACAUUCGUGGAGAAGAAGGCAGAGUCUACGUGUACCGCCUGAGUGGGCAGGCUGCCUCCUUCUCCUUGGCACAUGUGCUGACUGGGCACGCCGGCUUCACUGUUGCCCGCUUUGGCUUCGCCAUGGCAGCCGUGGGUGAUGUCAGUCAGGAUAAGUUCACAGACGUGGCCAUCGGGGCCCCUCUGGAGGGCUUUGGGGACGACGAGGGUGCCAGCUUUGGCAGCGUGUACAUCUACAACGGACACCGGGGUGGCCUCUCUGCCAGCCCCUCACAGCGUAUCCGAGCCUCUGCCUUGGCCCCAGGACUCCAUUACUUCGGCACGUCUGUGGCUGGUGGCUUAGAUUUCAGCGGCGACGGGCUUGCUGAUGUCACUGUGGGCACGCUGGGCCGCGCCGCCGUGCUCUGCUCACGACCUGUGGUUCGCCCAAAGGUGUCCAUGACCUUCACCCCUAGUGCGCUGCCUAUUGGCAUCAGCAGCAGCGUGGAUGCAUCUUUGUGUUUUGAAAUCAGCCCUGCCACAACUGUCACUGAGUCAGACCUCAGAGAAACAUCUUUCAACCUCACACUGGACGUGGAUGUGAUGAAGCAGAGGAAAAGGAUGCAGUGCGAAGACAAGGAAGGCUGUCUGAGCCACCGCGGGCAGUGGAGCAGAGGGUUCCGUCUUUGUGAGCACUUCCGACUUGUCCCCACAGAGGGAGAGCUCUGUGAGGAGGACUGCUUCUCCAACAUCAGUGUCAAGGUCAACUACCAACUCCAGACCCCCAAGGGAUGGAGGAGCCGUCUCUACCCCAUUCUGGACCACUACACUGAGCCCUCCGCCAUCUUCCAGCUGCCCUAUGAGAAGGACUGCAAGAACAAGCUCUUCUGUGUCGCUGAGUUACACGUGGCCACCGCCAUCUCUCAGCAGGAGCUGGUGGUGGGUCUCACAAAAGAGCUGAUGAUGAACAUUAGCCUAACUAACACUGGAGAAGAUUCCUAUAUGACAAGCAUGACUCUAAAUUACCCCAAGAACUUACAGCUUAAGAGGAUACAAAAGUCUACCUUUCCACACAUUCAGUGUGACGACCCCAAGCCCGUUGCUUCGAUCCUGAUCAUGAACUGCAGGAUUGGCCACCCCAUAUUCAAGAAGUCAUCUGCAAGUAUGUCAGUAGUUUGGCAGCUGGAACAGAAUGCCUUUCCAAACAGGACAGCAGACAUCACUGUGACUGUCACCAAUCUCAAUGAAAAAAGGUCUUUGGCCACGGAGACCCACAGCCUUCAAUUCAGGCAUGCUUUCAUUGCAGCUCUUUCCAAACCAUCGGUAAUGUACAUGAACACAAGCCAGGUGCUUUCUGACCACAAAGAAUUCCUUUUCAGUAUUCAUGGGGAAAACCUCUUUGGAGCAGAAUUCCAGUUACAGAUUUGUGUUCCAAUCAAAUUACAAGGUCUCCAGAUUGUGAAAAUGAAGAACCUAACAAAGACUCAGGCUCACACUGUGUGCACCGACAGUCUGGAGCGCGCGUGUGGGAGAGAUCCGGUCCAGCAUGUGGAAGAAUGGCAUUUGCUGAGGUGCACCAUUGCUUCAGAUAAAGAGAAUGUAACUGUGGCUGCAGAGAUCUCUUUGGAUCAUGCCAAGCAGUUGCUAAGAGAUGUAACUGAACUCCAGAUUCUUGGUGAAAUAUCUUACAGCAAAUCUCUGUAUGAGGGGUUGAAUGCAGAGAACCACAGAACUAAGAUCACAGUCAUCUUCCUGAAAGACGAGGAGCGCCAUUCUUUGCCCGUCAUCAUUGGAAGCAGUGCCUGUGGCCUGCUGGUUUUGAUUGUGAUCGUAAUCAUCCUGUUCAAGUGUGGCUUUUUUAAAAGAAAAUAUCAACAACUAAACUUGGAGAGCAUAAGGAAGGCCGAGCUGAAAUCAGAGGAUUCUACCCCCGAAAAAUGAGGACCCACUUCCUGAUCCACUCAGAAAGUCAAGCAGUCCUCGAAGUCGAGAAUUGGUGUCAUACUGGUUACUUUUUUCUUUAAGAUGUGUUAAAUCAGCACCCAGCAAAUUGUAGAAAAUUGUGUUUUAGCCAUACAUUGUCUGUGUACUGUGCAGAAGUAAACUUGGGAAACAUUUGA